CGUGUACAUAGUACACGAGUAUGCCGUUAGGCGCGCUAUUUAUCGAACUGUGUCUGUGAUCCUAGUUUUAAGAUGUUGUUAUGAAGUUAGUGAUGUUGAUAUUUAGAAAAAUUUCAUAUCGAUAUAUCACGAUAUUUUUCCAACAGAUAUCGAUAUAUCGACGAUAUAUCGAUAUCUUCAAUAUUGCCUUAAAAGUACCUAUUUUUCCCAUUUGUAUACUCAGUCAUAGACGAUACUAGGAAAAAAUGGCGGACAGCUUUUAUUGGUUCUUAUCAGUAAAAAAGAGGCCAAUUUCGAGCCGAUGUCGCUUCUUAUCAGUGAAUUGCGGGCCAAAUAUCCUGAAAAAGUACUACUUUUUGCUUUUUUUUCCGCGGUUAAAUAUAAUUUUAGAUUAAAAUGCAGCAAAACUAAAGUAUUUUCGACGGAGAAUUCAUUUUUUCUGGUCAGUUUUCUAAAAUUUCACAUAUUCAAAGAGAAUUCUUCGAAAAGUGCCACUUUUACGCGAUAUUUGGCCCACAAUUGAUGAAAAAUGUACUGAUAAGACCAAAUCCGCCAUGUUGUGACGUCAGUCUAGUAUCGUCUAUUCUAGUUUAAUUGCGAACUAACAACUGCAAAAAAUUUGGUACGACAAAAAAUUAUUUUAUAGAUUUUUAAAAAAGUGAGAAAAUUUUUUUUUGAAAAAAAUGAAAAAUUUUUUAAAAUUUCUUUCUAAUUUCAAUUUUUACUCAUAUUUUUGGCUGUUUUCGUGCAUUUUUUCCUCAAUUUUUGACGAUACGAUAUAUCGUCGAUAUUGAUUUUUCAUAUCGAUAUGUCGAUAUUGGAUCUCAUAUCGAUAUAUCGUUUAAGAUAUCGAUAUAUCAACACCACUAUAUGAAGUUGUUAAUAAACCAUCAAAAUGGUAAGAUGUUCGCGUACUUAUUUCGCUCAUUAAUUCGCAAUUAACAAUAAUUUGCUCGUGAGAAUUCUAUUCUCUCGACACAAAUCAUAGAUGUUUAUUUUUUAUUAGUGAAAAGUGCUGCAAAAACACAACCCUUCAUGAUGUUUGAAAUGUUGGUUCAGCAAAUUUUUCUUUAUCAUUUUCAAAAUAAUUGAAUUGAACUUCUUGAAAAUUUCGCCGGUGUUCGAAAAUGGAAGUGUCUCCCGAAGAGGAGAGCCACAGGUUCGAUUUACUUGCCUCAGAGCUACCCUCAGAUUUCAAAACUGUCCUGGUAAAAGACAACGAAGAAAAAUAUGAGCUACGCGCCAAUUUAGAAAAUGAAACUCAUAUGGUCCAGUGGAUUCGCGAAUUCGGUAAAUGUACGCAGACACAAUGGAAUUUUCGACGCUCACGAUAUGGUAGUCGAAUCAUCUCCAGAGAAUUUGUAUGUCACCAAUCACGUUAUGCCAAGGUACCAGCGGACGAAAAUGGUUGCAAUAAAAGAGGUGUUUCGAAGAAUGCAGACUGCUUGGCUCGAUUAAAAAUAACCAUCAAUGUCCAGGCAAGCAGACGUACUCGUGAUCAAUUUGUAAAGAACGGUUUGUGGGCAACCAUUCGUAUUGAUAGAAAGCACACGCAUACACUGAAAGAAGCCAAGAUACUGAGAUUUCUACAGGAUAAAGAUGGCACUUUGCGUGAUUCCUUUUUUGAAUACUUCGGCGAUGGUAUGGCUGCUUCUGAAGCGAAACAUUUUCACGAACAUCAGCUCAAGCUAAACAACGCUAGUGAAAAAGAUUUUGCUAAUGGAAGCUCCAAUCCUACAAUAGAUACAGUCAGCUAUUGGUUUAAACAAUGGCGAACACAGAAUAUAGCUACGAGAACGCAAGAACAGUUGAUAUCAAAACUUGAAGAAAAGAGGAACAUUUACGCUGAACUCGGCAUCAUCUUAGAAUACACCAUUGCUCCAUUCUCUGUUCUAAUGCUAACUCCAACCAUGUUGAGAGCGCACAAGUUAUCAUCGAGCGCUGACCUUGUGUUCAUCAAUACUACCAAAACAAUGAAAACAUGCGACGCCGAUGCAUAUUCCGUGACAUUCAUUUUCACUCCUUGCGCCGUCGGUGCUGUUCCUUUGGCUAUGUUCAUCACAAAAGGACAAAACAAUGAAUCAUAUUCAGCAGCGUUCAACUUGAUUAAAACCGCUCUACCGGAUGGUUUUGGAAAUCAAGGAUUUCCAAGUAUCGCUGUCACCGAUAACGUAGCUGUGGAAAUCGACGCAUUUGAAAAUACAUGGCCUGAUACGAAGACUUUAUUGUGUGUAUUUCGCAUGCUACAAGAAGUAUGGCGAUGGCUGUGGGAUUCUGUGAAUAAAAUCAAACCUGAAGACAGAAUUCAGCUCAUGAAUAGCUUCAAGAAAGUUAUGUACGCGGAAAAUUUGACAGAAAUGGAAAACGCGUACAGCAAUUGCGUAAAUUACGGUACCAAGUAUGACAAAUGGAUCAAGUUCAUCGCAGAACAUUGGAAAUACAAGCAGAAGUGGGCUUUAUCGUACAGAAAUGACGAUAUUCGCCAGCACCUUACGAAUAAUUUUACUGAAACGAGUAUACGCAUAUUCAAAGAUGAUGUGUUCGCUAGAGUGAAACCGAACAACGUUAUCACUCUUGUACAUGUAACGGCAACUCAUUUAGACGACUAUUACGAUCGUAAGAUGCGAAAUUAUGCCAACUUUCUCGAUAAAUGCUCAUAUUCAUUUUUGAGAGAGAACAUGCAAAAAGUUUCGUAUUUAUGCGCUGAUGAUAUACUUCAAAUUGAUCAAUUUUUAUAUCUGGUACCGAGUGAAAAAAAUCGAGACGAAUUGUACACCGUUGAUUGUCAAGUUGGAAGUUGCUCGUGCAUGAGUGGUAAAAGUGGCUCAUUCUGCAAGCAUCAGGCUGCCGUUUAUCAAUAUUUUACUGUUUUUCUAACCAACUUUCCUGCUAUCACGGUGAAAAAUCGUCAUAAAAUGGCCCAAGUUUCGUUAGGAGACAAUGCGCCAGAAAUAUCUUUUUACGAAGACUUUGAAACGUUACCUUGCGCUGAAAAUAUUGAAUUAUCUGCUGCAAAUGAUUCCGUCGUAUCGCCGUCAUCGUCGAUGUUAGAUGUAUGUAUGAUUUCCGUUGAAGAUGAAAAAAAUGUUGACCUGGAAGAAUGUUUAGAAUACGUACGACUCAUUCAAAAUAUUCAAACAACUGUAGGAAAUAAAAUUCGACGUUAUUCCACUUCACGGGACAUCGCUGCUUUGAAUACAUUUCGCGAAACUCUUCAAGAUAUUUCAUCGGAAGAAAUGUUGAUGAAGUUCCUGCAUUCGGCUUCAAUGCCCGUCAACAGACUCAAAAAUGGUACGAAAAAUAAUGUUCAAUCCAAGUCUCCUAAUCAAAAAAUUCGCCCAACUUGCGGAAGCCAGAAAAUUAUAUCAGGACGAGUAACUAAAGAGUAGAUAUAUGGAUAAUUUUAUCUGCUUUUAAAUUAUUGAUGACGUGCUGUGAUUUUAAUUUAUUACCUACUUUACGACUUGUCAUUUUUAUUUUUUUAGUGUUGUAAGCUUUAUACUACUUUCGUAUGUUCCUUUUUCCGUCAUUUUGUUAAAGAAUGAAACGUGAUUAUAUUAUUGAAGUUUUU